UCUCCGGUGAGCUCGCGAUGCGGAACAGUUUAGAGGCUGAAAACUGAUCUUGAUCCCGGAGAGUGGACAGCGCGAGCGCGUGCACUUAGCGGUAACACUCAUAACGGGCGCGCGCACUGGAGCCGGAACCAUGCGCAUUAACUUAGAAGUUCAUCUACAGAUCCUCCUGGCUGUUGGUCUGGCCGUCUUCUGCUUUGGCCUUGUGCUGGGUUGCAUCAUUUGUUGGCGCCGCAGGAAAUCCCGCUCUUCUGAUUCUAAAGAGGAGGGGUUUUAUCUACAAUCCGGACCUACAGAUCAUGUGACUGUGACUCUUAGCUCGUCCCCAUCAAUCAAAAUUCUUCCAGUCAAGCAGCAGUAUGAAGAGCUGGACGGUGAUGUAUUGGACUAUCCAUCAGUGGCCAGCAGCUUUACGCCAUCUGAUGACAACCAGAGCAGUUUUCCGCAGGUCUCAACAAGUUUGAAAGGCCCUCAGAAGUCUCGAUUCGCCCUACGCCGCCUGAGCACCCCCGCUGUCCCGUGUUCUCCCUUUAAACCGAUCGUCCAUGGCCGAGCCUCCCUCCCGAGUAUCCCUAAACUUAGCCUGGUGUCUAAAACACGCCGUGCUCUGGAUCGUCGCUCAACGGUGAUUGGAGACAACUUCCUGGCAGCUACUGACCCUGAGCAAGCGCCAUCCAGCCAGCAGGGGGAGCUCUCUCCAUCUCAAUACAGCGCCAGCCUGAGCUCCAGGCGCAGCUCCUUCACAAACAAGCAGCCUCCUGCAGUUCAGUUCUCCUUGCUGUUCUGUCCAGCAGAUGGCACCCUCACCGUCACAAUCCUCAGUCUGUUCAGGGGCUCCAGGAGGCUCAGUGGUGCUAUGGUGCGUGCCAGCCUGCCACCGAUGUGCCCUGCUGCCUUGCAGGCAGUGCCGUCACGCAGAAACAGCCUGAGCCUAGACCCUCAGACUCAGGCGUUCACUCUGAAGGUCGGAUCUGUAGAAGAGCUUCGGACCUGCACUCUCAAACUGGCCGUGUUUGGUAAAGAUUUCUCAGGUCUCCGUGAGACACCGCUGGGUGAUCUAGAGCUCAACUGUAGCGAGAUGGACUGGGAGCCCGAUACCACCAUCACAUACAACCGCCAACUCAAUCCUGCUAGGAGGCGAGUAAAAAAGAGCCACAGUACCCAGGACUCUUUGGGAACAAUGAGGACAUCGGUGUGCAUUUCAAAGCCUUUGGGUCAACUUUUUGUCCUGCUUCAGUACCAGACUCAGGCCCAUCGGAUCAAAGUGAUGGUGCGCAAAGCUGAGAACCUGGCCAAGCUAACACGAAUGCCUGGAGCUGCAGAUCACUACGUUGUCAUCAACAUGCGACAGGGUGGGAAAGUGAUCAGUACUAAAGAGACAAAGGGAGCGAGUGGAUCUAACGCGGUGUGGAACGCACCUUUCCUGUUCGAUUUACCUCCCGGUGACAUCAUCAGACUUCCACUGGUCCUGGAGUUCAUCGUCAUGCAGGGACGACUGUACACGAAAAGCAGCGUGCUUGGCCGCGUUCUGAUUGGCUCUGAAGGACCGGAGGUGGGGCAACAGCACUGGAAGGAGAUGUGCAGCCGAGGUCAGGUGGAAACAGCGCGCUGGCACACACUCCAGUCAGAUACGCCCUAAGGCUGGCUCUAAAUACGGACAUGUCUCCUAAACAGUGGGGUUUCUCACUAAUCUCCAGCAGCAGCAUUUUAUUGGGACUGAGACAGUGAUAAAGUAUUUAUUUAUUAUUGUGAUUACAGUAUUUAUUAAUGCAAAAGAGUUGCAAAUUAUUUUAUUUUUGCUAUGGAGUGCCAGAGUAACACUGUUCAAUCCAGUUUCAUUUGAUUUGUGUAGCAGCUUUACAGAAUUGAAAGGUCUAGACACGUAAAGCAACUGUGGUUAUCUAGGUAAAUAAUGUUGAGUUUUAUUAUGGAUAACUUACCAGAUGAAUAUGAAAUAUGAUAUUGAUAUGGGACAUUG